AAUGUCUCAUGGCUGUUUCUUUGUCACUGCAUUUAUAUUUCUCACCAAACAAACGCUCUACUCUUAUCUUGAUUGUAGCUGUAGCCGUGUGUAGGUCUGUCAAGUCCGCCUUCAUUUCACCAAACUCGCCAGAAAGUAACUUUUAUUUUAUUUUGGAGUCCAGAAAAGUAAUACUGUCGUGUGCAGCAUGGCUUUGAGAAGGUGCGUGUGUUCGUUUAGGCCAUGCCUUAGUCGUGCAGCUACGCUUGGAUCGAGCAGCACUCCUGCUGCAGCCUCUAUGGGUAGAUCAUCUGUACGGACUCUAGUAUCCGUUGGACGAGAUGAUGAUGUUUAUGGCCUGACCUCGGAGCAGAAAGAGUUAAGGCAAAUGGUAGAGCGACUGCUGGAAACAGAGAUGCCGCUCGAGCGUGCUCAUGAGAUUGACUCGACGAAUACUUUUCCUGGAAUGAAGGAUUUCUGGCGGAAACUAGGCGACCAUGGUCUUCUUGGUAUCACAGCACCAGAGGAGCAUGGUGGUGCUGGGCUAGGAAUGAUGGAGCAGACGUUGGUCAUGGAGGAGAUGAGCCGUGCGUCCGGUGCUGUGGCUCUCAGCUAUGGUGCCAACUGUAACCUGUGCAUCAAUCAGAUCGUACGCAAUGCCACCGAUGAGCAGAAGGCCAAGUAUUUACCAAAGCUAAUUAGUGGCGAAUAUAUCGGUGCACUUGCUAUGAGUGAAAGCAGCUCUGGCUCCGAUGUGAUGAGCAUGGGCUUGCGUGCUGAACGAGAUGGGGAUGAUUACAUUCUGAACGGACGUAAAUGCUGGAUCACCAACGGUUCCGACGCCGAUGUUUUGGUUGUCUACGCCAAGACUGAGCCAAGCAAAGGUGCUCAUGGUGUGUCCACCUUCCUUAUUGAGAAGGAAAUGAAAGGCUUCAGUACUGGAACGAAGUUUGACAAGCUAGGUAUCCGUGGCUCUAGCACUGUAGAGCUUGUGUUUGAGGAUUGCAGAGUACCAGCAUCUCAGAUGAUGGGUGGUAUGAAUAAGGGUGCGUACGUCUUGAUGAGCGGAUUGGACCUGGAACGACUGGUACUUGCUGGUGGUCCACUGGGUUUGAUGCAGGCUGCCAUCGAUGUAGCAUUCCCGUACGUACAUACUCGUGAGCAGUUUGGCCAGCCGGUCGGCGAGUUUCAGCUGAUGCAAGGUAAAAUAGCCGACAUGUACACCACGCUGGCUGCAUGUCGGUCUUACGUCUACACUAUAGCACGUGCUGUGGACAAGGGACACUCUAGCAGCAAGGACUGUGCUGGUGUAAUCCUGUAUGCUGCUGAGAAAGCAACUGAACUGUGUUCCCAGGCCAUCCAGUGUUUAGGUGGAACUGGAUAUUUGAACGAGUCACAUGUCGGCCGUUUCUGGAGAGACGCCAAGCUGUAUGAAAUUGGCGCUGGUACUAGUGAAGUCAGGCGUCUGAUCAUCGGCCGUGCAUUCAAUCGGGAAUUGAAGGAGAGAAAGUGAAACAGAGAGAAAGUUGCUGUACUCAUCUCUCAUUUCGCGCAACAUGAGUUGAGGGAGAGCCACCAGUUGGGUUUGGUUCUUCCAUUGUUUUUGUUUAGUAUGUUUUUACUUAGCCUGUUUUAGAGUAGCUGGUUCCUGUGACUCUGCAGAACUGUACAUUUUGUGUUUACUUGAGUAGUGCUGGAAUGAUGCAUGUGCAACCGGGCAGCAGUCAGGAAACUCCAGCUGAUGAAAAAUUGUUUUUAAAACCAUAAUGAAUUAGAGUAGCAUUAUGCACUAUGAUUUGCGAAAUGAGACCAAUGAUAAGUAUUACUAGUGCUGCAAUGCCAGCUGGUGUUCAAGCUUCAAAAGCCUAUUACUGCUGUUGUGUCUUGUACGGUGUUUAUUUAAUGUGAUGUGUGCUGCUUCCUCUAGUUUCCUGCUUGCAAAUGGCAACUGUCUUCAUCAUUUUCACAAUUGCAUUUGCAUGCAACCCACUUAUUGUCUAGGUGAUUCCUUUGUAUUUCAGAUAAUCUCUUGCUCCCUUUAUUUCUUGGUGAAGCAUUUCUUCUUGCAGAGAUUUCUAGUUCUUCUGAGUAUAGAUUGGAUAGGUCUCUAUCGGUGCAUUUGUAAAUUAUUGCUUUCUAACAUUUUUCUUGAUUUCUCUCACCUUUGAAGGUGUCCUCUGCCAGAAUUGUACUUCGAAGUAGUCAACUGUACUUAUCAAAUUAUGGCGGCUUUUCACUGCGGUAAUUUUGUUGUUAUUUUCUUUAUUUGAAUUCGCUAAUGACUGUGUUGUGCACUCCCCUCCCGGA